UACAAUUCCUGCCCAUUGCCAUCUUUACUCGCGGCUCGCCCCUGCACUGUGCAGCCCAAUCAGAACCCCUUUUCUCCCUCCCACCUCCCCCAGCCGGCUCGCGAGGCAGACUAGAGUUGAUCCGGCAAGAGUGGAGCAUGGCGAGGGCCCUCGCCGACAGGAGUUCCUCGACCAAGGACGUCGCCUACAGUUGUGGAUACUGCGGCAAUGCGUUAAACUUGAGCUCCUCGACACGCAACACAGCGAACAUUGGAUCCAAGUAUGGCAAGCAGAUCAGGAAAGGUGUUGUCUCAUUCUUUGCAAUUGAUGACAGUCGUUUUACACAAACCGAUGAAGUGAGUUGCAUGCCCUACUUCCAUUCAAGCCGUUCCUGGGGUUUCUUCAGAAAGAGGACACGCUUGCUCUGCCGGAAGUGUGGUGUUCAUAUUGGUAAUGCUUAUGAGGAUGAUGAUUCCACCUUGUAUGACGGCUCAGAUGACCCGCACAUGAGCCCCAAGGGCAGAAGCAUGUCAACUCGGAAGAAAUAUGUUAUCAAGAUCAAUGCACUGCAGCCCUCAUCAGACAACUCUGGUGCUCUCUUCUCUCCGUGAUGGCAAUCUGAAUUGCAGUCAUGUGUACCUUUUCAUGCCUGGCUACUCUGGUGUGUACUGGAGUACUGGACUGCGAACCUAGUAAAUGCAGAACCAAAAAGUGCUUGAUGUUGCCAAAACCUUUUUCAGAGGGAUUUGCCAUCUUUAUUCUGCUUCAAUCACCUUCUUGCCCAUUCGUUAUAGCCCUUCCAUUUCCCUUCUGCAGCAGUGUAAGUGUAUAUUGACAGGACUACUGAAUUUUGCUUGUGUUAAUACUAUUGUAAAAUGGUAGGGGGGGGGGGGGGGGUUGUGUACUUGUGUGUACUGCUGUUAUUGACGUUUACUGAUGUUACAAUUUUGAGACUUUUCAUUUUGAUAUUCUGAGGAUAUGCACUGCUGCGGUAUGCCAUAUGCGCUUGUAGAUUUCAAAGGGUGUAAUAAAUGUAUAGGAAUACUGUAAUCUAUUUAAUUUUGUCCAUCUGAAUGAUCAAGGCUCUCUUCAGUUA